AUGGACUAUGUCCCAAGUGUUGUGAUGAUCCCUUUCCCACAAGAGUCGUAUCUCGCGCUGCCUCGCAAUCCGUCGUCGUCUCUGGCGUCGUCGUCGCUUGUGGUGCUCAGGAGCUUCAGCCUCUCUCCUUCAAUUGACGAACAAAACCGUUCGAUGCAGUCGCUUCCUAGGGAAAUUUUGGAGCUACGAAAGCCGAUUCAAAGUGGAGACAUAUUGGAGAGCUCAAUUGGCUGGCUCUGCGCGCUCGUACGGAAUUUCCCACCUCAAUGGACCACGGUGCCAACCCGGGAGGGAGUCUCCACUGUCGUCCUGCAGGCCCGCCAGCCCGCCCCGCGGGCCCUGCGCUAA